UAAUUAGCACGACAAGUAUCUUCCGUUUCCUCGGCUCAGGUUCACAAUUUAAAAACCCUCCAAAGCCCUCCAUAAAACGGAGUGAAAUUACUCUUCGUCUUUCUCGUCUGAAUCUCUGCAAUUAUCCGAGAAAUGGCGUCGAGGAUCGCUGCAAGAUUCGCAUCUCGGAGGUUCUCAAGUGGUGGCAAAAUGCUAAGCGAGGAGGAAAAAGCUGCCGAGAAUGUUUAUAUUAAGAAAACUGAGCGAGAGAAGCUCGAGAAGCUAGCACGCAAGGGCCCUAAACCAGAAGAGACAACUUCUGCAAGCUCUGGGGGUUCGGCAACUGAGGCCAAACCUAAUUCGGCUUCCACUUCUGGAGCAUCAACUGAAAGGGUAUCAACUGACAAGCACCGGAACUAUGCAGUUAUUGCGGGUGUAAUCACGGCUUUUGGAGCUCUGGGAUGGUAUCUCAAAGGUAGUGAAAAGAAGCCGGAGAUCCAGGAGGAUUGAGGUUGUUAAUGUGCUUUCGAUACAGAAUAACUGAUGGAGUAGACUCUUCUGGUUUUCAGAAGUGAUAGACUGACAAUAAACUCGACUAUGCACCAUCUAUAUUCUUUGCUCCUUCAGAUAUAUUGUUUUGCCAAUAUAUCACAAUCAUAACCUUUUAUCUGUUUUUUCAAGUAUUUUCAAGGUGUUAUUUUUUUUAAAAAAAAUUCA